GUCCUAUCAAAUUGUCUAAAUCCUUGAUAUAACAAUAAUCAAAGUUUUAAUUGUUUAUUAUAUUUAUCUGUGCGCAUUAAGAAAAAUGGUAAAAUUUCCUCCUGUACCGGCAGAGGUUAAACCGAUAGCUCAUCUAUUAAAAUUAGCCGAUGAACAUGACGAAAGAAAUAUAGUUAUAGCUUAUUGGGCUCGUAUGGCAGCUUGUUUAUUAGCCCUUCAACUAGUACCAACCAAAAAGAGUCCACAAACUGCAGAAUUAAUACGAAGUUUACUGGAUUGGUUAGAACAGGUUAAAAAAGCUAAUGCAGAUAACGAGGGAAUAACAAGUGAUACCAUAGCACAAUCCCUUAUAGAAGAAUAUGCUUUACGUUUGUUCAAUUAUGCUGACCAUCAGGAUCGUGAGCAGAUAUUUAACAAAAACACCAUCAAAACUUUUUAUAAAGCAGGUAUAUUGAUGGAUGUUUUGGAUCAAUUUGGUCCUCUUCCUGAUGAUAUAAGAGAAAAACGAAAAUAUGCUAAAUGGAAGGCUGCUUACAUUCACAAUUGUCUUAAAGCUGGAGAUACUCCAUUACCAGGUCCUCCCAGACCUUUCAAUUCACAAGAAGAUGACGGCAUUGUUCAUAAUAGCCAGUUGACUGAUGAGGAACUAGCUACGUUCACUAAAUACACAGGACCUGUGAAUUUUGAUGAAGCCAGGAAACCGAAAGUGGAUACAUCUCCUCCACCAGAUGAUCUAAUUCCAUUCAACCCACCGAAACCGUUACUACCACCAGAUAAUUCAAAUUUUAAUCCUGCUCCAGCUCCAUCUCCAGUAACUCCGCAGAUUCCUACAAACACUCUACCUUCUGACACUCCGCAAGAUCCAUCUCCAUUUGAUUCGACUCCUUCUAUACCAUCUUCUUCACAAGUUUCUACACCAGCUAGCAUUUCUACACCCCCAGUUAAACCUACCCCUACCGGUUACAUACCGACCCCGGAAGUAAUACAGAAAGCACAAAAAUAUUCUAAAUUUGCAACAUCAGCUUUGAAUUAUGAUGAUACCAAGAAUGCUAUUGAUUAUCUUCAGAAAGCCAUGAAUUUACUCCAGUUUGGUAAAGAAGAGUAAUAAUUGUUAAAUUUGAAGUUUUGUGGUAUUAAAAGAGAUUUUUGCAUUAAUACAUUUUGUUUUGACAAUUUUUUUGAGAAAAACAAAUUAUACUUUAGCAUCUAUAAACAUUAUAAUAAAAAUAUUUUUGUUGGUUCCUUUUGUUCUCUUUUAGGAUUUCUUUUUGCCUCAUCGGACUUCUGAUCAUUAUUUUCUUCCUAUUCUUCGUAUCAUCUACUAUUUUCUCUAUCAUUUUUAUUUUGUCCAAUAUUAUGUUUUUUGUCAUUUUUCUACUAGUUGAAUAUAUUAUUACAUUAUAUGUUUUAUUUUUAAAAUUAUAGAAAGCAUUAUUAAUUUAACGAGUGGAACUUUGUACAUUGUUUAUAUUAUGAAUAUUAUUUACAGUUAAAAAUGUUGUUUUUUUUAAACGAUAAGAUAUUCAAUUCUAAGUUCAUUAAAAUUAAUAUCAUUAUCUAGCUUUUAUAAUGCACUGUUACAAAUAACUAGUUUUGUAUUGACAGCUUAAGAAAAAAUAAAAUUAUUUAAACCUAA